CUCUCGCUCGCCUGAUCGACGUUUCUAAAACCGCAGCCCAUUUGGGAUCGUCGCGCUAACUGAGCUCUCCACUCCUUCAAAAUCUCUCUCUCUCUGUCUAAUUCUGUGUAUUAGAUUAUAGCGCAGAUUCCUUCUUCUUUUCAGCUGCUAAAACCCUAGGAGAAAUCCAACUGUAUUGAGCUCAGGGUUCAUUCUAUCUUCUGCAAGAUGAGUACCAUGAAAUUUUGCCGGGAGUGUAACAACAUUCUCUACCCGAAGGAGGACAGAGAUGAGAAGAUUCUUCUCUAUGCGUGUCGCAACUGCGAUCACCAGCUCUGAAUCUGUGUCCUUGCCUUUGAGGCUAUGGGUUAGAAGAAAUCAAUGGCGACGUUCGAGAUGGUUCUGAUAAUGUCAACAAUCCAGAAACUUAAGUUGAAUGGAUCCAACUACUAUGCAUGGAGAAUAAAUGUUUGUCAUGUUUUACGGAGCAUCGAUAUGGACGAUCACAUGACUGAAGAUCUGCCGACUGAUGGCACAAGAAAAGCUUGGUUGCAUGAUGAUUCUAGGGUAAUUCUAUAGAUCAGGAAUUCUCUUGAGAUUGAGAUCGUUAACUUGGUUUAUCAUUGUGAGUUUGUCAAAGAAUUACUUGAAUACUUCGAAUUUUUUUAUUCUUGGAAAGAAAACAUCAAUAGAACGUUUGAAGUAUGUAAAUCCUUUUACCAGCCUAAGAUGGGAGAGAAAUCUCGUACGAGUUAUUUUAUGGAGUGCAAAAGAGCAUAUGCAGAGUUUAAUUCAUUGCUACCAGUUAGUACUGAUAUAAAUGUGCAACAUUCCCAACGGGAACAAUUAGCAAUUAUGAGUUUUUUGGUUGGUCUCCCACCUCGAUUUGAUAUGGCCAAAUAUCAAGUGCUCUCCGGUUCAAAAAUCUCGUCAUUGGAGGAGGCAUAUACUAGAGUACUUCACAUUGAGAGGUCACAAAUAGUCCCAUCAUCCCAGUCCAACAGUGAUUUGGUUGGACGAACAAAUGAGUAUCAAGGUAACAGAAGAAAGUGUUCUAACAACCAAAGACAGAAUUCUAACUCUCAAAAACCGAAUUUGGGAGAGGUUGUGUGUCACUAUUGUAAUAAGUUAGGUCAUACAAAGCAUGAUUAUAGGAAGUUGUUGAAUAAAGGUCGAAGGACUCAGUCUGAUGAUCCCAAAAGGUUAAUUAAGAUUUCUUCAAAAGAGUUCGCUAAUUUCCAACAGUAUCAAGAUUCAUUAGCGGCAUCAUCCUCUAAUCCAACUAUCGUCAUUACUGAGUCAGGAUCUGACGAUGAAGAGGACCAUUGGUAGAGGGCAUGAAUCCCGAGGUCUCUACAUGUUUGAUGCUCUAGUGCCUACAACCAUGACAUGUACUAGAUUGUCAUCUCCUUUAGAAGAACAUCGUCGUUCGGGCCAUCCCUCUAAAUCUUAAUUUCACAAUUUGUAUUCUUUAGACAUGUCAAUUGUCUAAGUUUCAUUGCCUAAGUUUGUAUCCUAGACCCCAAGUUCGUAUGAUGAUGUUUGGGGUCUUUGUCCUAUUGAGUCCAAAAGU